AUGGCUGUUGAUAUCCUCUUCCAAUCGCCAACCGUCAUCACGGGCGAUGAAUCUGCCGAGCCGUUCGUGGCCGAUGUGCUCGUGUCAGGCGGCCUAAUCGCCAAAAUCGGGGCUCCAGGCUCUAUUGAUGCUCCCUCGUCUGCUCGACGAAUUGAGGCAAAGGGCCACGUCCUGUCUCCCGGAUUCAUCGACAUGCAUGCCCAUUCCGAUCUUUACUUGCUCUCACACCCUGACCAUGAAGCAAAAAUCACCCAAGGGUGCACGACCGAAGUUGUUGGCCAAGACGGCAUCUCUUACUCUCCAAUUCGCAAUGUAAACCAGCUGAGAGCAAUCCGAGAACAAAUUGCAGGCUGGAACGGCAAUCCCACCGACGAGGAGUGCCGCACCACGCUCAGUGGAGUUGGCAUGUUUGAGUGGCAGACCGUGGGAGAGUACCUGGACUGCUUAGAGCGCAAUAAGACGGCCACCAAUGUGGCCACUUUGGUGCCGCAGGGCAACUUGAGAUUGCUGGCCUGUGGUCCUUAUGACACGCCUGCAUCGUCUGAAGAGAUUCAGGACCAGAUCCAACUACUGCGAGAGGCCAUGGCUCAGGGUGCUGUCGGCAUGUCUAGCGGCCUGACUUACACGCCCGGCAUGUACGCUUCAACAUCUGAGCUUGCCUCUCUCUGCGAAGCACUUGCAAAAGAGUUCCCCGGGGCAUUUUACGCUCCUCAUCAUCGCAGUUAUGGCUUCCAGGCUAUUGAGAGCUAUGCUGAAAUGCUGGGACUAGGAGAGUCUACAGGAUGCCCUAUUCAUCUCACUCACGCUACUCUAAACUUUUCAGAAAACAAAGGCAAAGCCCCCAUCCUCAUAUCCAUGAUUGACAAGUCACUCGAAAAAGGGAUCGACGUAACACUAGAUACUUAUCCCUAUCUCCCCGGCUGCACAACUCUGGCCGCUCUGCUACCGAGCUGGGCUUCUUCAGGCGGACCCUCCGAAACACUCAAGAGGCUAGAAGACCCCGAAACGAGAGAGAAGAUCCGUGUAGCGGUUGAAGUAACAGGAUGCGAUGGAGGCCACGGCAUUCCCACAAACUGGGAGGAGAUCCAAGUCGGUGCCACGAGCGAACCAUCCUUGGCAUCUUACUCUGGCCGCAGGGUGGCAGAGAUUGCCAAGUCGUUGGGAAAACCAGCCAGCGAGGUGUUUUUCGAGCUUCUGCUCAAAGAUAAGCUGGCGACCAGCAUCAUCAUGCACGUCGGCAACGAAGAAAACGUGAGGGCCAUUAUGCAGCAUCGGGUGCACAUGUCGGGCAGCGACGCGAUUCUGCAUGGCAAGACGCUUCACCCACGCGCAUAUGGAACAUUCCCUCGCUAUCUAGGCCACUACUCGCGAGACCUAUCGCUGAUUCCUCUUCCCGCCAUGAUUGCGCAUCUUACCUCUCGCCCGGCUAAGCGCCUCUCUGUCUAUCCGUUCCGCGGACUCGUCGCCGAAGGAUCAGCUGCCGACCUUGUGCUGUUCGACCCGGAGGCCGUCAAAGACAUGGCAACGUAUGACGAGCCCAAGCUGCCUAGCAAAGGCAUCCGGUACGUGUUGGUGAAUGGUCAGGUGGCUCUUGACGAGGGUAAGAUGACAGGUGCCCGAGGAGGUAAGACGCUACGAAGAGGCAGCGAUGGCAAAGUAAAAGCCAGAGAUGAGUAA